GUAUUCAAAUUUCAAACGGUCUCCUAAUCUCCUCCUCGCUUAAAACAAUUCUACUGACCCAACCAGAAACAGAAACAAUCGAGCCGGCCAUGAAAGCAUACAGUGCAUCAACAUCACAAUCCUCUGUGAAAUCAAGCGCCACCAACCCGAACACCACGGCCAUGGAAGAGAGAGAUAGCUGUUACUUCCCUGGUUGCAGAAAAGAUGCCAAUUGCAACUGUGAUAUUUGCUUGGCUAGCAUCAAUGCUACCCUUGACCUCAUGCCAGUCACCAUUCAAAAGUCCUCUCUCACCAAGCUUUCUACUUCACGCGCCAACGUGGAAUGUACUCCCCCGUCUUUUGAUACUUCAAUUAUCUCCACACCGAGAUCAAUUUCUCGUCCUAAAAUGGAUUCUCCAGCACUCAAAUCAACAGCAAGAUUGACCUUGAAUCAAAAGAAAGUAAAGAAGAAAAAAGAAAGGUCUUUUGGUUCUUGCGGUGUUCUUUUUUGGCUGGUUUUGGGAUCAAGCUUGCUUUUUAGAGUAGAAACUGGGUUUUCUUGGGGGGUUUACAGGGUUUUAAGGCCUGUGUUUUCAUCUGAUAUGGUUAGGAGUAUUGGUGAGAGAUCUUGGGCUGUACAAGACUUGAACCGGAGGCUGAGGUUCUUGCAGAGUGAAUUAAAAGGUUUUGUUGCAAAUGGGAAGGUUUCAAAUUGCAGCUUUAUGGAUUCAAUAUGGGAAAUCAAUCAGGAUGGGCUGCUUUUGAAUUCACGGUGUGUCUUGUACAAGUCCGCAAUGGAAGAGGUGAGCAUAUGGGGCUGGCCUUUGCAAACUGCAGGAUUGCUCAAAACAGAAUUUUCUUCGCGUUCAUUUACAGUGUUGUCAGGCAGAGUUACAGAGUGGUCUGACGGUAGGAUUGGGUACUCAAUUCGAAAAGCCAACACUUCAUGGGUUCACAGGAAUUGGGCUGCCUCUGUUGUCCAAUUAGAUCCCAACACAUGGAUUCUGGAGUAUGAGCGUAGCUUGAUAUUGAAUAGCUCAACACUGUUUUCAGCAGUAGCAGAGAUCUUCAAAUACAGGAUGUCAAGAGCUAUGAAAAGUAUGAAUCCAGUAUUCUGGUUGUUCUCUGAUUUUGAGCAACAAUACAGAGUCUUUACAGCAAAAGACCGUGUCAACAUCAUCCCAACUUAGUGGAUAUAUAGUUAAAAGACGCAGCACCAUAACUACCUCCAGCACUGUUCCAGUUCUCAUUGCUUGUGAGAAGGGUUGCAGAAGAAACCUAUGGAUAUCAAGGACCCGUUUUCUUCUUUCAAGAUCCUUGCCAUGUUUUGGCUUGAAAUCAUCGUUUCAUUGUCUUGGUGCAUAGUUCUAUUUGGAUACUCUAAGAUGACAAAAGUCUCAAUUUCUAAAAUUCUUAAUUUAAAUUGUACAUGAUGAUGAACUGAUACAAUAUGACAACAUAACCCGUGUUUGUACUUUU